GAUUUGAGGAUCAUGUGUAGUACUAGGGGAUACAACAGGAUGAGAAUUUAUAUCCGCUCAACCAACUUCUAGUUGUGGUUGGUCAUCAAAAACGGCGAAGAAACUCCAAUGAAGAAGGUCGGUGAAAAACUCGUCCCAAAGACCAAGGACAAAUUUGAUGCCAAAGAUAUCAAAAAGGUGGAGAACUACGCCAAGGCAAUCAACAUGCCGUACUGCGCGGUCAACCCCGAUGAUUAUCGCAAGAUCUCUUGCUGCACCACCGCCAAAGAAAUGUGGGACAAGCUGGAGGUCACAUAUGAAGGUACGGACCAAACUUACGCCAACAAGGAUCUCGUGAGGAAAAUCCUGCGAAGUCUCACACCCGAAUGGAGAUCAAAGGCUGACGCAAUCUACGAAUCCAUCGGAGUCUCCAACGUCACCAUCGACGGGCUAAGAGGUAACCUCAAAACUUAUGAAUCUACUAUUCUAACCCCGUCUUUGGAUGAACAAAAGAAGAAAGGAAUAGCGCUCAAAGCAACCAAGGAGACCAUAGAAGAAGUCUCAAGCGAUGACGACAACGAGUUCGGACUCGUCAUCAAGAAAUUCCACAAAUUCAUGAAGAAGGAAUUUGAACGAAAAGGAAGAAAGCACGACGGUCCCCCGAAGUGCUAUGGCUGUGGCGAGAUAGGCCACAUCAAGCCGAGGUGUCCAAAAGGCAAAAGCGGCACGGACAAACCUGGCUUCAAAAAGCAACGUGCCUAUAUCUCAUGGGGUGGCGACUCCGACGACGAGUCAACUGACCAAGAAGAGGAAGAAGCCGCCAACCUCUGUCUCAUGGCACACGAAGACCACACCGACGAAAUACAAGAGGAAGGAUUAGGUUUUGGUAAAAAUGAAUCUAAGGAUAAAAACGUUGAGCAAACACCUAGACAACCUCCUAAGGCUCAACCCCCACGUACACCACAACAAAAUUGCGCCUCCAUCGCCACCGAGUGGAGCUUGCCAUACGCCUUCCUCGUCAUGGACCUCAUCGUCUCCGCCGACAUCCACAUCGUCGGGCCAAGCACGAAGAUAACGAAGCUGUGGGUCAUCGCCGACACCACCUUCAAGAAGAAGUCCGGAGACCAAGACGAUGCCGGACCAAGUCGUGCCCGUGCCCGUGCCCCUGCCCCCGCCCCUGCCCGGGCCUCGUUGCAGUCCAUAGCCGACACCCUGAAUCGGCUAACCCUCACGGUGGACAACAUGGGGCAGAUGGAUUGGAGGCUGCAACGCCAACACCACGACAUGACGGCGUUCUUCCGCGGCAUCAACUACGUCCCGCCGCCCUUUGACAGCACCAUCCUCGGCCAAAACUUUGAGGGCGAGGAUGAGGACGACGACUCCUACGCUCCGUCCUCCUCUCCCGAUGAGGCCGACUUUGAGGACGCAGUCGACGGCGAUCCCAUGGACGUCGAGAACAACGAGGACGAGGAUGCCGAUGCCUAGACUCUUCCCUUCUUUUUUAAAAUAUGACUGUACUUUUUUGUUAAUUUCCAUUCCGUUGUAUUCCGCAUUUCCCUUCUCUUUAAUGAAUAAAAGUUUACUUUUAAUUCUUUUUGUUAAUGUCAAAAGGGGGAAGAUAUAAAGGUUAUGCAUAAAUUGAGGGGGAAUUU